UACUCUGUUCUUUUUAAGUGGAAAGGUCAAUCUGGUGAUUCCGAUCCACUUUUCUUCUACUGCUGUAUGUACUGCUUCCAUUUUUCUACUCCUCGGGAUUCUCAGAUUCUUCUCCUCUGGCACUAACUUCCACGCACACCUCUCCCCCUCCCUUUCUCUCUCUCUCUCUCUCUCUCUCUCUCUCUCUUCCCCAUUUCUUUGACCGCGAGCUUCUUCUUCUCCUUCUUCUUCCCCCCCCCCAUCUAGGGUUUCCUCUCUCCCCUCCGUCUUUUUAGAGCUCCUCCAUUUUCGCUUUUCCCAACACCUCAUCCUCCUCCAAAUUCGGAUCGCUUCCUCGAACGCUAACCCCAGUUUCCCAUUCGAAUCCGAGAUCGUUGGGCUUCUACGUCGUCGGCUGUUGACGAAUCUAGGAUUUUUCGGCGACCAUGUCGGUGCCCGCGAUCGCCAUCUACGCCAGCGCCCCCGGCGGCCUCUGCUUCGCCCCCGACUUCGACCUCGCCCCCCGGCCGCCGCCGCCGCCGCAGCCGCACUCCGCCUCCGGCGGCGCCGCAGUCGCCGGAGGUCUCUCGUGCCUCUUCUCCUCCCCCGCCGGCCCCCGCCAUGCGUCGUCGCUGUCGUCGCCGAGCUACUCCGGCCGCGACGAGCCCGACGAGCUGGGGAGCUCGUAUUCAUACACCUCCCUCAAGUGCCGGAACCCUAGCCCUGUGUCGGUGUUCCAUAGCCCCGUCUCCUAUGGCGGG